AUGGCUGUUGAAAAGUACAUCCCCGGUCGCCUUGAUGGCAAAGUAGCCCUCGUCACUGGCUCAGGGCGUGGUAUUGGUGCGGCCAUUGCUGUUCAGCUUGGCAAGCUGGGCGCCAAAGUAGUUGUCAACUACUCUGCCUCUGCCACUCACGCCGAAAAGGUCGUAGCGGAGAUCAAGGCCAAUGGCUCUGACUCUAUCGCCAUCAAGGCUGAUAUCCGCGAUGUAUCUCAGACUGCCAAGCUCUUCGAUGAGGCGGUCGCACAUUUCGGCCAGCUGGAUAUUGCCGUCAGCAACGCCGGUGUCGUCAGCUUCGGACAUCUCAAGGAUGUCACCGAAGACGAAUUCGAUCGUGUCUUCAGCCUCAAUACCCGUGGGCAGUUUUUCGUCGCGCGAGAGGCCUACCGCGUGCUAGGAGAAGGCGGCAGAAUUAUUCUCACCUCCUCCAACACAUCCCGCGACUUUAGUGUUCCCAAGCACUCUCUCUACUCUGCCUCCAAGGGUGCUAUCGACUCUUUCGUCCGAAUCCUCUCAAAGGACUGCGGAGACAAGAAGAUUACUAUCAACGCGGUUGCUCCUGGUGGUACCGUCACCGACAUGUUCCACGAUGUGUCACACCACUAUAUCCCCAAUGGCGAAAAGUACACGGCGGAAGAGAUGCAGAUGGCUGCCUUUGCAUCUCCUCUUCACCGCAACGGAUUUCCUCAGGAUGUUGCUAAUGUUGUUGGAUUCCUUGUCAGCAAGGAGGCUGAGUGGGUGAAUGGAAAGACCUUGACUCUUGAUGGUGGUGCUGCUUGA